GUGAGUGAAGGAGAAACACUGUAUACAGUAAAAUGACAGGUUGAGAGAGAGGGAGAGAGAGAGAGGGAGAAAAUAGUGGAAGUCAGUCGAGAGCGUGAGUGAGCUUGCGAGUCCAGUGCACAUCGGAGUGGAUCUGCUCGGUCUGAGAUCUUUGAAAUCUGUUUAAUCUCGGACAGGAAGAUAAAGAAAAAGCGAAUUAAUGAUCAAAACAAGUAUUACAUAGAUAUCCUAACAAGCUUUUCAACAAGUUCUCCUUUCGGACAAAAGGGGAAGCAGCUUUUAGUGUUUUCUCUGUGCUCGCUUAGUGACUUCUCAUACACUCAAAGUGAAACAGGGACAGAUUUUUUCUCGUUGAUCUAUCGGUAAGCGAUGGGGACUGUGAGCGAACUGUGUGCUUCCAGCUUCCAGGCGUUCCUGUGUCCCACGGUCUUGCUGGCUGAACCAGCAGUCCCGGACGACCUGACGCCAGAGGAGAAGCAAGAGCUGGAGAACAUCAGGAGACGCAAACAGGAGCUUCUGGAAGACAUACAGCGGCUCAAGGAUGAGAUAGCGAAGGUCACAAAUGAGAUCGAUAGUCUUGGCUCGACUCAAGAAAGAGUAAAUAUGCAGCGGAGUAAGCAGAUGGCCAUGGGCCGCAAGAAAUUUAAUAUGGAUCCCAAAAAGGGGAUUCAGUUCCUCAUAGAAAACGAAUUGCUGAAGAACACUUGUGAAGAUAUUGCCCAAUUUCUAUACAAGGGUGAGGGCCUCAACAAGACAGCCAUCGGAGAUUAUCUGGGUGAAAGGGACGAUUUCAACAUUCAGGUUCUUCAUGCCUUUGUGGAGCUUCAUGAAUUUACAGACCUCAACCUGGUGCAGGCCCUCAGACAGUUUCUUUGGAGUUUCCGGUUACCGGGCGAAGCUCAGAAGAUCGAUCGUAUGAUGGAAGCCUUUGCCCAACGUUACUGUCAAUGCAACCCUGGCGUCUUUCAGUCCACAGAUACGUGUUACGUACUUUCCUUCGCAAUCAUCAUGUUGAACACAAGCCUGCACAACCCAAACGUGAAGGACAAGCCAUCAGCGGAGAGAUUCAUAUGCAUGAACAGGGGCAUCAAUGAUGGGGGAGAUCUGCCAGAAGACCUGCUCAGGAACCUGUAUGAAAGCAUUAAAAAUGAGCCCUUCAAGAUACCUGAAGAUGACGGAAAUGACCUCACGCACACGUUCUUUAAUCCGGACCGCGAGGGUUGGCUGCUUAAACUGGGUGGACGCGUGAAAACGUGGAAGAGGAGAUGGUUCAUUUUGACGGACAACUGUCUCUAUUACUUUGAGUACACCACGGAUAAAGAGCCAAGAGGGAUCAUUCCUCUGGAAAAUCUCAGUAUAAGGGAAGUGGAGGACUCUAAGAAGCCAAAUUGCUUUGAACUCUUCAUCCCGGACAACAAGGAUCAGGUCAUAAAAGCGUGCAAGACUGAAGCAGACGGACGUGUUGUGGAGGGAAAUCACACGUUCUACCGCAUCUCGGCCCCGACCACAGAGGAGAAGGAGGAGUGGAUGAAUAGCAUCAAGGCUGCCAUAAGCAGAGAUCCUUUCUAUGAAAUGCUUGCUGCCCGGAAAAAGAAAGCCUCAUCUUUGAAGAGACAGUAGGAUCUCUUAUACUGUAUUUGAACAUGGAUAUUCAUGGCCAUGAACAGGAUCUUUGUACAUGGACCUGAAGAAGGAAUAGUGGCAAAUAAAACACGAAAGCCAUAACGUUGGAUUGGAUCGUUUUUCUCAGGAAUGAUCUUGAGUUUUGAAGUUUAUCAGAGCGAGUGUUCUGCGAAGUUGUGUUACAGUUGUACGUUUAAUAUGAUCAAGAACUGCUCAUGGAAAGAAUACUCGCGCACGUCAUCACAAAUCAGCAGGUCUGACUCAAUGUGGCAUCUCAUUAACCUUUUAUAAGCUUGCUGCGGACACGACUGUUCCUCUUUGUGCUUUGAUACGUAUACAAAUGCUACAUGUGCACCUAUUUUUCCACUGCUAUGUAAAUAUCUGGGAAGGUUUGGUCCCUGGUUUGUUAGAGACUGUCUGACAGGAUCAUUUUUGAGUGAUCUUUGUUUUUUAAUCUGCUGUCAUGUUUGUACAUUAAUUUUUUUUGUUUUUAAAUUUGCCAAAGUUUGUCCUACUCCCAUGUGAUUAUUAACACAGCUAUAAUGAGUGUUUUCUAAUCCAUGAAUUGAAAAUUAUAGUUUAUUUUAGGUACUGUUUAUUUGGCUUAAACAGUUAAGACAUGUGCUUUACCGCUCUUCACACUGAUCUCAUAGGUGGCCUUGAAAGACUGUGAAAAUUGAAAAAAUAUCUAAUUUAGUAUGCUUCAUAUUUAUGAAACCAUGUAAAUGCUGUUACAGAAUCGAACUACUGAUUUAAACGUUUAUUUUUCUUAGGUUUUGUAUUUUGCCACCUUUAAAUGUAUUUCUUAAAUUAAUGUAUAUGUAAGCCCCCCCCAAAAACAAACAAACACACUUUUUUCUUAUAUGCACUGGUAAUUGAAUUAUCUCAUUUAGUAAUUUAUCAAUGCUGGACAUAUUUAAACAUUAGUUUUCUUUUAUUUUUUAAUGUCAAAAUAUACUUUGUGCAAAAGUAUGAAGGAAAGAAAAGAUUUGGGCCUGUUGAGUUUAUUUCUUCAUUGCUGUAUAAUCUUGUGCUUGAAAUAAAGUUGAUAUCUUAAGCUUA